UUUUUUUUUCUUUUCUUUUUUUUCUUUUUUUUAAUGAGGCAGGGCGCCUGCAUCCCCCAAUUGGACACGCUACUGUUGGCUCGCUUUUGCCAUCCGCUCCCCAUAUUGCGAAUUGCUUUCUUUACUCCCGCUUUAAUUUAUCCCGCCUUGUCUUCAUCCUAUUCGUUUUAGUCCCGUUUGUCCGGUUGACCUCUUCUGUCCAUGCCUAUUUGAGGCGACCCCUGCGCAGCUUGUGCCCCCGGGCCCCCGUUCUCCUUUCUCGCAGCUCGGCAGGCCGAUGGCUGGUGGUCCUCACGAUGCUUCGUAUCAGGAGAUACCGUGUGUUUGUAGUCGGCGCUAUUAUCUUGCUCUUCUUGCUGCUGCGCGUUUCACAAAAUUCGCAGUGGGAGGGCCGUAGAUCUGCCAUAUACAACAGCUACACUCACCCUGGCACCAAGGGCUCCGAGCCGACCUUUGACGACCAGAAGCAGCCGUCACAGCCCGCUCGGGGUCACAAGCCGGAGCAGCUGCCGGUCGGCCCUGAGCCGCGGCCCAGGCCGAAGCUCAAGUCGAAGCCCAAGCCGCAAGUGCAGGCGCUGGAUGGCCAGCCAAAACAAGCUGUGAAACAUCAUGAUGUGGCUCCGGGCCCUAAUAAAGUUCAGAUCCCCGAGCUGAAGCCGGAUCCCGAGUCUAGAAACGGCCUUGGCCGCGCCAAGGCUGCCGCGGCAUCCGAGUCUCCCUCUAGAGUGGUCAAAGGUCCGCCCGGCAAAACGCCUUUAGCGACCCCGAAGGCUGCUCUUGAGGAUGUCGAUAUCCCCGAUCGCGAAACCGACCGGGACGGCGACCUCGGACAGAAGCCGCUGGACAAGGGGCCGGAUCGCCUCCACGCUGCGGAUCCGCCCAGCCAUCGGCAGAAAUCUGUGGCGUUGAGCGCGACCUUGUCGGUGCCACACUGGCGCAAGAUGCCAGAGCACUUCCCCGUUCCCAAAGAGGACGUUAUACCACUGCCGACCGGUAAACCCACCAAGAUGCCGCCGGUCCAGCACAGCUUUGAGAAGGCCGAGUCUCUGGCGGAUCGCGAGAAGCGCGAGGGCCGUCUGGCCCAGGUCAAGAAGGAGAUGCAGCGCGCAUGGAACGGCUACCGCAAGUACGCCUGGGGCCACGACGAGCUGGAGCCGGUCACCAAGGGCUUCCGCGACCCCUUCUGCGGCUGGGCCGCCACCCUGGUCGACUCCAUGGACACCCUUUGGAUCAUGGGCAUGAAGGAAGAGUUUGAGGAUGCGUACCGCGCCCUCGACAAGAUCGACUUCACUACGACCCCUUACCGCCGCGAAAUCCCCGUUUUCGAGACCAUCAUACGCUACCUCGGCGGUCUGCUCGCCGCCUACGACGUCAGCGGCGGCCCUGACGGCAAACACCCCAAGCUGCUUAAAAAGGCCGUCGAGCUGGCCGAGGUGCUCAUGAGCGUCUUUGACACACCCAACCGCAUGCCCGUGCUUUAUUACAACUGGAUGCCCCGGUACGCGUCCCAGCCGAGGCGCGCCUCUGCGUCGUCGGGCGUCGCCGAGCUGGGGUCCAUGUCCAUGGAAUUCACCCGUCUAGCCCAGCUGACUGGCGAAGACCGCUACUACGACGCCAUCGCUCGUAUCACCAACGCCUUCGAGGAGUGGCAGAACCGCGGGACAGUGCUCAACGGCAUCUUCCCCCAGCAGGUUGACGCCGCUGGCUGCAACCGCACCGCCCCGUCCUUGACGAGCCUAGAUCUCAGCUCCGUUGAGGCUGACGGUGCAGAGGUGACUUUGGAUGCGAGUAAGGGAUAUUCGCCCAACGACUCCCCGGAAACCAAUAAUUCGGGCGAGAAGAGCAAGAGCGUCAUCUCCGACGGGGACCCCCAAUUCAAAGUUCACCCUGGGGAUAAGCCAGGCUCAGUGGCCAAGGCCGAGUUCAAGGAGAAGCCAGCGGAGAAGAAGCUCGAAGCACGCCGGGUGAUACAGGGGCUAGAUGGCGCCGACGAUACGCCCCCGAGCGUCCCCAAGGCGAAGCCCGCCACCGUCCACGCAGACCGCGUUGGCGCCAGCGGCCGUGGAGGCGCGUCGGGCCCCUAUGGCGCCAGCAACCGUCUUCCAGACUGGGACUGCACGCCGCAGGGCCUGACAGACGGAGGCUACGGGUCUGGUUCCUUCGGCAUGGGCGGUAGCCAGGACUCGACCUACGAGUAUUUCCCCAAGCAGUACAUACUCCUGGGCGGGCUCGAGCCCAAGUACAAGUCGAUGCACCUCAAGGUUGUAGCGGCCGUCAAAAAGUACCUUCUCUACAGGCCCAUGAUAAAGGAUGAGGACCGGUCGCUACUAUUUUCGGCGAGCGUUUAUGCGAGCUCGCAGAGAGGCGUCGACAAGUCGUACACGUACGAGGUGACGCACCUGACGUGCUUCCUGGGCGGCAUGUUUGCGCUCGGCGGCCGCGUCUUCGGCUCGGCCGAGGACGUAGAGAUCGGCGCCCGGCUGACCGACGGGUGCGUGUGGGCCUACGAGUCGACCCCGUCCGGCCUGAUGCCCGAGGGCGGCGCCAUGGUGCCCUGCCAGACGGUCGCCAGCUGCCCCUGGAACGAGACGGUCUGGUACGAGCACCUGGACCCGAGCUCUCAGUGGCGCGACAACAUGGCCAAGGACUACGAGAUCCGCAAGAAGGAGUGGGAUGAUCAAAAGGCGUCCCUCCUCAAAGCCGAGGCUCUGCGCGUCAAGGCCGAAAAGGAGGCCAAACGCUCACGGCCCACCAACUCGAGCGAUCCGUUGGGUCGCUUCGACGACGACGCCGACGCAGACGGCCAGAACGCGGGCCGGCCGCGCCAGCAGCUGGACAGCGACGACUUCACCUACAGCCAGGGCAAGGCCGUGCUGAAGAAGUCGGGCAAGGAGAAGCUGAGGCGGUCGCCGCCCUCUCACGCCGGCAGGUACGACGAUUCCCUGGUACCUGCGCCGGCGCCGGCGCCCCCGUCAUCUACAGAGGACAAGCCCAAGACAGGCCAGCCCGGCGCCAGCAUCCUGGACGGAGCCGGUGCCGGUAGGGAUGGUGCCCAGUCGCCACUGGCUGGCGCCGAAGAGCCAGAGCCCCCCUACGACCCCCUCUGGGAGCUGCCGCCGGAGCCGACCAAGCCCCAGACGCACGAAGAGUACGUCCGUUACCGCAUCAAGCAGGAGAACCUGCCGCCAGGGUACACUGGCAUGAACGACAGGCGCUAUAUCCUCCGACCCGAGGCCAUCGAGUCGGUCUGGUACAUGUACCGCAUCACGGGCGACAAGAAGUGGCAGGAAAAGGGCUGGCGCAUGUUCAAGGCCGUCAUCCGGGCGACGCAGACCGAGCACGGCCACAGCGCCGUCGACAACGUGCACAGCCCCACCAGCCCCCCGUCCCAUCUCAACAACAUGGAGAGUUUCUGGAUGGCCGAGACGCUAAAGUACUUUUACCUGCUCUACACUACCCCCGACGUCAUCAGUCUCGACGACUGGGUCCUCAAUACCGAGGCCCAUCCGUUUAAACGCCCGACGUGAAGUGAAGGGAGGGCUGGGGAAGUGGGGUCCGAGGGGGGCGCGAGGCCAUCAUCGCAUGUACAUAGGACGGCGCGAUAAUGAUUUUGUAAAUAGGACAGUCACUACAAACGUGGAAAAUCCAGAACGUUUCCAAAAACUUUGGGUUUAGACAAUAGCAAAACAGCAACGCUAUGGCUCGACAAGGCAUGUCUGCAAA